AUGUCCAAAACAGCAGGCCGCACCGACUGGGCAGAAGAAGAAGAUGAGAACGACUCUCUCACCUCCCUCCCACCCCAACAAGUCAUCAAGAACAAAGACGGAACCGAAACCGUAAUCUCCUACCGCAUCGGCGAAGACGGCAAGAAAUACAAGACAACACGGCGCAUCAAGAAGACCGUCGUAAAGCAAAUCGUAAACCCCCGCGUCGCCGAACGAAAGCAAUGGGCGAAAUUCGGACAAGAAAAGGGCAAGCCCGCCGGCCCACAAACAGACACCGUCUCCGUCGCCGAAAACAUCGCCUUCCGCCCCGUCUCCAACUGGAAAGCCAGCAACGAAGAUAAGGGCGACGAAGCGAAGAAGAAGGCAGAGCUCAAGAACGCGAAGAUCAAGUGCCGUAUUUGCCAGGGCGACCAUUUCACCACAAAAUGUCCCUUCAAGGACACCAUGGCCCCCGAAGGCGAUGUCGCCCCCGCGGAAAUGCCAGACGAUGCGCCCGGCGGUGCAGGAGGUAGUCUGGGCACCGGCUCUGGCGGCUACGUUCCUCCUCAUCUGCGUGGCCGUGCUGGCGCAGGCGAGAAGAUGGGCGGCAAAUUCGACCGCGACGAUAGCGCUACUCUGCGCGUUACCAACGUGUCUGAGUUCGCCGAAGAGCAAGAUCUGCGCGACAUGUUCUCCAAGUACGGACACGUUACUCGUGUUUUCCUUGCCAAGGACAGGGAGACGGGUCGCGCCAAGGGCUUUGCGUUUGUUAGUUAUGCGGAUCGGUCGGAUGCCGCGAAGGCGUGUGAGAAGAUGGAUGGAUUCGGUUUCGGACAUCUUAUUCUCCGCGUGGAGUUCGCUAAGAAGGCUUAA